CUUAGAUGAUCAAUGUGUGUUUUUUAACAUGAAUAAAGGAAAUAUAUUUCAUUUGUCCUAUCAAUGUCUUCUCCAAUCCUGUUUAAAAUAUAAAUCGAAUUUAACGUUAAAAUCAUUUCAAACAUUAAAAAUAAGAAAGCUACACUAAACAAACCUGUGACAUUUUAAGUUAUGUUACAUUAUCUCUGUAAUUGAGUACCACUGACUUUUCCUAUAAUGUAUGUAUACAUUCAUUCUUUUGGUGUUACUUACUGUUGUAUUUUUUUUAUUAAGGUUAUAAAUAAAGCAUUAAGAAAGGCAUGGCGUCUCCAUGGCGACGAUUCCGUGGUAACAAAUUCUUCCCCACUCGACCGAAAGAUGGCGGAAGGUUCUUUGCUUGAAAAAGAAACGAGUGAUGAAUCGUCAAAGGUUGUGUUAACAAUUCUGCAUUUCAACGAUGUUUACGAAAUAGAGGCAAGAGAAGAAGAACCUGUAGGCGGCGCAGCAAGGUUUGCUACAGCUUUGAAACAGUUCCAUCCGAAAAACCCACUAAUAGUUUUUAGUGGAGAUUGUUUAAAUCCUUCCCUGUUAAGCACAAUUACAAAAGGAAAACAUAUGGUAGAGAUAUUUAAGAAACUCGGAGUGCACUGCGCUGUAUACGGCAACCACGAGUUUGAUUUUGGUGUGGAUCUCCUUGAGGAAAUGGCACCUAAGAUGAAUUUGCCUUGGUUUCUCAGCAAUGUAUACGACAGAUUUACUUCUCAGCCACUAGGCCAUGGAAUGGUGAGCUCUGUCUUCAACUGGGAUGGGCUAAAAAUUGGCAUAAUGGGUUUAGUUGAAGAGGAAUGGCUUGAUACUCUGGGCACAGUUAAUAAAUCAAAUAUUGACUAUGUGGACUAUGUCGUCAUGGCUGAACGGCUUUCGAAAGAACUGCGGGAAAAGGGAGCUGAGCUGAUCGUUGCCAUCACACACAUGAAAUGGUCCAAUGACAUCCGACUGGCAUCCAAAACAAAAGCAGUGGACCUCAUCCUCGGAGGCCAUGACCAUGAAUAUGGUAUUUUAGAGGAGAAUGGAAUCCUUGUUGUGAAAAGUGGAUCCGAUUUCAGAUACCUGUCAAAAAUUGACGUCGUGAGAAACUGUGACUUGACAUUUAGUUACGCUGUACAGAAAAUAGCAAUUGAAAAAAACAUUGAGGAGGAUCCUGCUAUAAAAUGCAUUGUCAUGGAAUACAGUAUGAAUAUUCAGUAUUUGCUUGAAGAAGUGCUGUGCCAAACUGAAAGAGAUUUAGAUGGACGCUUUACUACUGUGAGGAAAUCAGAGAGCAAUCUUGGCAAUCUCAUCACUAAUGCAAUGCUUGAAGCUACGCAUGCCGAUGUGGCACUGUUGAACUCAGGUACUCUGCGAUCAGAUCGCAUCCAUCCAGCAGGCCCUUUUACAAUGCAUGACCUUAUGCAAAUACUGCCAAUAACAGAUCCUGUAUUGGUAGUUGAAGCUACAGGACAACAGUUAUUGGAGGCCCUUGAAAAUGGAGUUAGAAAUUACCCAGAAUUAGAUGGAAGGUUUCCUCAAGUUGCAGGAAUUGAAUUUGGCUUUGAUCCAAAUGCAGAACCAGGACAUAGAAUUGUUUUUGAGACUGUAAAUGUUCAAGGUCAAAACUUGGAAAAAAGCAAAACAUAUUUAACUGCUAUAAAGGAAUACUUGGCAAAGGGAAAGGAUGGUUAUGCUGUAUUCUUAAAUUGCCGCUGGAUGUUUGACAUUGAAAAUGCACAGAUUCUGUCUACUAUUCUAAUAAACCAUUUUGAGUCGGCAAAGAUUGUUCAAGGCCUCAAAAUUUGCAAAUCUGGCCACCGCAUGGGCUUAAUCAGAGCAUCGUCUACUCCUUCAGUCACAGCCUUUGAAGAAAUCACAAAUGAGGAGAUGUCAGUAGCAUUUGUGCCAGGUGUUGAAGGCAGGAUUUAUCAUGUAUCUAACAAUUUAGGGAGCACCUCCUGAAUCUACGCACUCCGGGGGAUAGAACAGUCUUUAUAACACUGCAGAACUCUUACAUACAAAGGAAUUACUCUUUGCAUUUAAUUUACACAAAGCAUUAUCAAUGUACAGUGUACAGUGCUUUGUAAUAUCUCUGUAUAAUCACUUUAUAGAUUAAUGUUAAAAUUUCAUAUCAGAACUAUGAAAUAAUGUCUUACACUUUAGUAAUAUGACAAACGUGUUUAAGUACAUUAUGAUUCGUGCUGAUAAAAAACAUGGCUACAUGUAUACUAACAUGUACAAUUUGUUUUUUGUAGACAGAAAGACUGUACUAAUUUUUUGCAAUGUAUUGUACUUCUCAUCAAUAUGUACAGUAAAUAAUAUAUAAACAAGACAGAUUUGAGAAAAUAAUGCAUGGAAGUUCAGUUUUAUUGGUCUGGUAAAUGUCCUCCAGAGGCUUGGAAAGAUUUGAUUUAUUUGCUAAGAAAAGGGAACAUUUCAGCUGCCAGUAGCAGCUCUUCAUAAUUAAUUUUGUUAUGCUGUGACCGUAGAAAUGCUGAUGGAAAAAUGGACCCAAACCAUGGCCAGCUGUAAUUUAAUGGCAGAACUCACCAUGUGUGACUGUUUUUUGUUUCUUUUUUCGUAUACAACUAGAACUUUUUACCAGAUCUAUAUUUUUUGAAGAUUUUCCAAAAAUACAAAUCAGAAACAUACGUUUAAACAAAUAUUCUGUAUUUAAAUACAAUUCUACAACUCCUAAAAUACAAUAAUUUUUUUUUUCAUUAAUGUACUGAAUGUUACUGUACAUUCAGUCUCCUGAUGUGCUUCAGUCUUUGUGUAAAGUAAUGUAAACAUAUUGCAAACAGAACUACUGUACCACAACUCCUAAAAUUGAAAUAUUGCCCAAUCUGUGAACACCAAUUGCAAUGUGUUAAAAAUGUGCACCAGGUGAAUUAAAAUAGUAUUUUAUAUAUGUACAAGUUUAUAUAGUUUAAUGG